AUGUAUUAUGCUGAAGAAUAUUCACCACCUAGAAUUCCUUAACUAAAAUCUUUAGCUAUAAUAGAAUAGGAUGAACUUAUGACAUUAAAAUAAAAGAAAUUGGAAUUAGAACUUAAAUUAAAAUAGAAAGAAUUAGAAAUUAAAUAAAAUUAAAGAUAAGAUUAAAAUGAUGAUUAGGAGAAUACUAUAUUAAAAGUAUAAUAAUAACCUCAAGAUUCUAAAAAAGGGAAAGGAGGAUAGAAAAUUAAAUAAACAGGUUAAUAAUAAUAAUCAGGUUCAACUUUAGCAUAAAUGAAAGAAGCUGAAAGAGUAGAAAAUGAAAAAAAAGAAAUGAUAUCUAAAAUAGCAUUUUUAGAGAAAGAAAAAAAAGCACUUUAAAAUUAAUUUGAUUAAUUAAAAGAAUCAAUUAGAGCUGAUAAUGUUUAAUUAAAAGAAUAAGCUAUUAAAAGUAAAAGUGAAGCAAAUACAUUAUAAAAAUAGAAAGAUGAUAUUGAAAAUGAUAAAAAUGCAAUUGCUAAAGAAAAUAGAAAAGUUAAAUAAGAAAUGAAAAUUUGGUAAGACAAAUAUAAUGAUUUAAUUAAAUCAGUAGCAGAUGCUGAGGCAAAAAUAAAAGCAAAUAAGGAUGUAGUAAAUGAAAGAGAAGAGAAGAUAAAAUGGAUUGAAGAUCGUUUAAAAAAAGAAGAAGAAUAACAUAAAAAAACAUAAGAAAGAUGUAUGAUUUUAGUAAAUGAAAUAAAUUAAUUAAAAAGAGAUUGUGAUGGUUUUAGAAAAGAUAAAGAAAGAUUAUUAGAUGAAAUGUAGUAAAUAAAUUAAAAGCAUACUUUAAAGUAUAGUGAUUUAAAUGAAUAAGUAUUACUUUAUCAAAGAGAAUUAAAUGAAUAAAAAUUAGGACAAUCAGAAUUUAAAAGAUUGUUGGAAUAGAAAAGCAAUAGAAUAAAAGAUUUAGAAUUUGAGAGAGAGAGACUUUUAGUAAGAGUAUAAGAUUUGGAUAGAUUAGAACAUAAAUUAGGGGCUAGAGAUAGAGAGAUAAUAGAAUUAGAAGUUGAAUUAGAUAGAGUUAAAAGAAUGAGAGGAACUCACAUAGUUGAAAAGAUUGUUCAUCCUAUUGGAUAUGAGAUUCCAAGAGAAGUACCUGUUUAUCCUCCAUAAUAAGAUAAUGAUGUAGUUAAAUUAAGAGAAGAUCUUUUAUAUUUGAAAUAAGAAAAAGAAAGAGCUUUAGAUGAAGCUGAGUAUUGGAAAAAUAGAUAUUAAGAUUUAGAAUUAGCAGAAGAUAGAGCUAUUAAUUUAAUGGCACAUUAAAAUAAAAAUGAAGCUGAUCAUAAUGUUUAAUUAUAAGAAACUAAAAGUAUAAUGUUUACUAAAGUUAUGGGAUUAAUUAAUGAUUUAAGUAAAUUAAGAAGAACAUCAAUGUCUAAUGAUGUAAAAGAAGCAAUUGAAUAAGUACUAAAUAAUCAUAAUGAUAUAUUGAAAUAUAUAAUGUCAUAAUGA